CUGCUUUCUCUCCUCCGGUCCCUAAUACAAGAAUAUCUGCACGACUCCAUUUACUCGUUCGUCACCUCCAAGCUUAUGGCAAAAAUAGCCUUUUUUAUUUCUACUGUUGGUACCCCUUUUACUCUUUAAAAAUUCCGCCAAAAAAGAGAAGACGGUUGACCAAAACCUUAGCGCCGUUAUUUCACGGCAGACUCCAAGUGUACAACAGGUAUCCAGAGGGCCUAGGAGCAGCACUCUACAGAGAACAGUUCGACUUCAACGCUGAGCCGCCUUGGGAGCCCAGCUGAUAGUGGGAGAGCUCCAUCUCCUGACUUUUCCAUUUUGUUGCAUAUUUAAGGGCCCCAACAUAAGGCUCGGCGAACCCUAUUUGGCAACUUGGUUUAUGAUUGUCGGCUUUGCGGAAUACGGCUGAGAUGAAAGGAUUUGUUGAUGAACCAAACUACACUAUUGACCUUUUGGAAGAAGGAACAACUCUUAGUGAUGUCAUUGAUAAUCAUAUUUAUGAGCAGGCUCUGGCUGAAAAGAAUGCCUUUUUUGUGGCAGACCUUGGGAACAUAGUAAAGAAGCAUGUCCAGUGGCAAAACGUGAUGGCCCAAAUAAAACCCUUCUACACUGUGAAGUGUAAUACCAGCACUGCUCUUAUUGAGAUUCUCGCAGCUCUGGGGAUUGGCUUUGCUUGUGCCAGCAAGAAUGAGAUUGCUUUGGUGCAGAGCUACGGUGUUGCCCCUGAAAACAUCAUGUACACCAGCAUGUGUAAGCAACUUUCACAGAUCAAGUAUGCUGCCAAAAAUGGCAUUGACAUCCUGGUCUGCGACAAUGAAACGGAACUGAUGAAGAUUGCUCGCAACCAUCCUAGUGCCAAGCUCUUGCUGCACAUCGCAACUGAGGCCAGCAGCGAAGGGGAGGAGAUGAGUAUGGAUUUUGGUUCUACACUGAAGAAUUGUCGUCAACUUUUGGAAUGUGCAAAGGAGUUGGGAGUUGAAGUAGUGGGUGUCAAGUUUCAUAUUUCAAGCUCCUGCAAGGAUCUGCAGGCUUACACACAUGCGGUCUCUGAUGCUCGCUGUGUGUUUGAUAUGGGGGCAGAGUUUGGUUUUAACAUGAGCAUUUUGGAUAUUGGUGGUGGAUUCUCUGGAGCAGAGUUUCAGCUGGAAGAGAUUUACAGUGCCAUCAGUCCAUUACUGGAUAUCUAUUUCCCACCAGAAUCUGGUGUCUCUGUUAUUGCUGAACCUGGAAGUUACUAUGUGGCGGCUUCAUUUACACUUGCAGUGAACAUAAUUGCCAAGAAGGUGGUUGCUAGGGAUCAGAAUAAGGAACUUGAACCAUCUCCAAAUGACGAACCAGCUUAUAUGUAUUACAUGAACGAUGGCAUUUACGGGUCUUUUGCUAGCAAGCUGACUGACAACACAAUUGCUGUUCCCUCAGUUCAUAAGAAGUACAGCAAGGAAGAAGCGUUGUUUGCGAGCAGUUUGUGGGGCCCGUCUUCCGAUGCUCUUGAUCAGGUUGUCGAGCACUGUCUGCUGCCUGAGCUGAAUGUUGGAGAUUGGGUGAUUUUUGACAACAUGGGAGCAAACACCUUGGGAGAGCAGUCUGCUUUCAACGAUUUUCAGAAGCCUCCAGUUUACUAUCUGAUUUCGGCAUAUGAUUGGUACGAGAUGCAGGAUGCUGGAAUAAUUUUGGACACCACAAUGAAGAACUUCUUCUUCGUGCCGUCUUGCUUUCACGCAAGUCAAGAAGACCGGAUUUCCGCUCCUGCUUAACUUUGACAAUUCAAUUAUUUAAGCCUUCGAGUUUGAUCCUGUAGCUUGUCCAGUCAACAUUCCAAGGUGGAAGGAGACUGUGAAACAAUCUUGAGUAGAGCUGUGAAGAAACAGAAGACUUGAGUAGCAGGGCUAACUGGGACCAGACAGAGUUGGUUUUAAUGUUUAAUUGCAUUGUCAAAAAAAUGUGUCAAAUUUGAAUUUGCAAGUUAAUGUAUCAAAUAACCCCACGACCCCCUCUCCCACGUACAAUAUGCAACAAAAUGGAUGACUUGGUAGAGAUGGAAUCUGAACACUGGGUUCUCUGCUCAAUGUUUACAUACGUGUUCAAAACUUUUUUUUUUUUGUCGUCUGCCCAAGAUGUAACAGUUUCUGUAGAAAAACAGGUGUGACUUCAUUAAAAUAUUAAGUAUGUGUAGCAUAUGUAAAAUUGUGCUUUUAAUCUGUAGUGUAGCAAUUGUGAAAUCUCAUCAUUACUUUGUGGUCUGACCUAUCUUUUGUAUAAUUGCAAUAAACCUCGUGUGUAGCUUUUUGCUAUUGUCAUAAUCAGUUCAGAAGUGUUAGGGUUGUACAGUCUUGGGCUGGUAAAGCUCUAACUGUUAAAUUGUAUACCUAUACAAUAUUGCAGAGUGUCAAUUUGCAGUGUUACAAAAGUGUAUUGUGUGUGUUUUUUUUUUUAAAUUGAAAUUGACUUGGUGCGAUUUAAUCUCAUGCCUAAUAUACAAUUACAUUUGUACCAUGAUUCCUCUGACCCUGGUAGAGCUUUUGAAUGCUACUUUUCCCACUGCACUUUUUUUAAGCACCCUACCAAUUGUAUUAGGUGCAUUUUUUUUUAGAUGUCCAGAGAGCACAGAGCUUUUAACAUUGACAUAAACCCCCCACUGCCAACAUGAGAUCUGGUUUGAUGUCGCACUCUGUUGCCCCCUCCCACCCCCCAGUCAGCUUGCAGCAUCCUGCUGUUGUACAGAAACAGCAGGCUCUUUGUAGCAAGUCUUUUAAAAGGGAACACGAGGCAAGGAGAAAAGCAUGUGCAACCUUUCAUUGCAUGGUUUGAUUUUUAUCAUCUGUGUGUGCUUAUUUUAUAGCACCCCACUAGGAAUGGUAAUGCAAAAUGUGUGAGUGGUGUAAUGCACUGUUCUUCCCACCCAGGGUACAAAUGUAGUGUCUGGUCAGUAAUUCAGCAGAGAGUUGCUGCACAUAGAUUUGUGGGGGAAAUCUAUUAAUAUUACUUAUAGGGCUACAGAUUUUCUAUUCUGGGGAAUAGCAAAUUCCUUUUUUUCAAAAUGAACAAUUCUGUGUUUGUUUUUUUGGUUUAUUUUUCCCCCCACCCUUUUUAUCAAUUUCUUUAAGCAGGGCAUUUGAACAUAAAUAUAAUGUUGAUAUAUGUUCAAAUAAGUAAAUUUAAUAAAUAUGACUACAAUUGUUUAUUAUAAUUUAUUAAGAUUUUCAAUUACUCUUGUUGCUGUAAGUAAAGCACUCUGUCUCUUGCUGAAACCUUGCAUUUUUUUCUUCUUUGGUGCAACUGCCAUGUUAAGUUUUAGCAGAGACGUGAGUGAAGUCACAUGAUGAAUUAACUCAAUUUGGCUGGGUGAAGGGCAAAAAAACAACCCAGAACUCUGGAGUUACGAGGAGAAAGACAACACUGCAAAAUUCCAUUCCCAGAAUGCUUAAUUCUGUUCCCAAUGUCUAAUUCCGCAAUCAUGGAAAAUCAGUUACCCUAUACUUGGAUGUGUGUCCAAAUGUUUGGAAAUGAUUUAAUAAGUUGAAAUGUAAUGUAAGAAUUUGUAAAAUGUACAGAAUUCCAGUACUAUGGGCAGAAUUCCAGUACUGUGUUUACUGUUGGAGUACUAGCAUUAUUAAUUUAACCCUUGAGUUGAAGAUUAAUUGGUAACUUUUUUUUUCUGGAAGAGAAUUAAGAAAAGUGUGUUGUAGAUCACAGAUUUGAACCUAUAUUUUCUACAAGCACUAAUGGACCAUAGCCCACUUUAACUGUAAACAUGUGUACUUGUCAAGGUAAUGAAAUGAAUUAAUUUAAUACACUUCUUUGACUGAA